ACUCAUUGCUUCAAGAAAUUAAUUCACUUCUCUCUACAGAAAAGCCUAUCCCAUUAUAUGAUGAUAUUAAUUUAUUUAAAUAUACUACAGCUACAUUUUAUGAAACUCUUCGCUUAUAUCCUGUUGUUCCCGAAAAUGGGAAGGUCUGCAUUAAGGAUACUGUUCUACCUAAUAAUAUUCCAAUUUAUGCUGGAGAAUUUGUAGUAUUUAAUCUCUAUGUAAUGGGGAGAGAUGAAAAAAUCUGGGGAAAAGACGCAAAACAAUUUGAUCCUAAAAGAUUUUUAAAUUCAAAGGAUGGUUUAAAACCAAAUAGAUUCAAGUUUGCUUCUUUUCAUGCUGGACCUAGAAGUUGUGUGGGAGAGCAAUUAGCAACUUUGGAAGCAGUAAUACUUACAAUAUUGCUAUUGAAAGAAUUUAAGCUUGAAUUAAUGCAUGGACAAAAAUCACCACCGGAAUUUAAAGAUAAUAUAUUUUUAGCGAUGAAGAAUCCUUUAAUGACUAAA